UUCAGUCCCUCCCAUAUCCUCCAACAUCGGUGAUCUAUAACUUGUUCUCCCUUGAAAAGAAUCCGACUAUUCCGUUCAUCAGUCAUGAAUUCGAUAACAACAUCUUGCCUUGAGGACUUGCCGAAUGAGAUCGUCACGAGAGUCUGCGACUGCGCUCCGAAGACGACAUGAACCUUCGCCUCGCGAAUCACAGGCUCUCCGGAUCCGCCACUUCAAGUCUUGCCAGAAAUUACAUGUUCAAUAUCUCUAUGCUCUUUACUCACCAUAGUCUGGAGCUACUUGGGAAAAUCUGCGCACAUCCGGUAAUUGGCUGUUCCAUUCGGAACCUCCAUCUUGUGUGUGGUCGCGUCAGCCCAGAGCAUAUCCGGGAUCUUAUCGAUUCGUGGAAAGAGAUAGGUAUAGACCCGGAGGAAGGAGUGGAAGAUGUGAGAACAGCAAGACGGAAGAUUUACGAGUGCAUGGAUCGCUCCAACCGAGAAUUUCAACUCGAAAUGUCAGGUGAAGCUGCUGGGCUGCUCAUGAAUGCUUUCAAAUCGCUCAAACUACACAACACUCCUGUGACGCUGGAUAUUUCAGAACGAGAGAUCCCAGAAGGUGGAGAUAUCUGGCUGCCACGGAGGCCGACAAUCGGAGAAGGCCAUGCGCUCUAGCCCGAACAAGGCUUUAGCGUCUGCUUCUUUACAUUUAUGUUACGAGAGAAAAAUUGCUUGGCGCGCGUAACUCCCA